GAGAGGAGAGGACAAGCCAGGACGAGAGAGGAAAUGAGCCGCAGACCCAUGGGGAGGAAAAACAAUGCCUCUCCCCCCUGCCAAGGCAAGAGGAGCCCAGCCGGACUGUGACCCGAGCCUGGAGUCCGGCUCUUAUUCCUCAAAGGUCCCCCCUAAAAAAAAAGGGGGGGGAAGGAAGAGGGAUGCAAAAUGCAAUGAGCUGAAGUCCGGACUGCUGCAGGAGGCCUCACUUUAAAGAAGGGUUUUGUUGGGUUUUUUUAUUUUUUAUUUUUUUUUACUGUGCCAGCCCGGGUUCUCUUUCCGCCUGUUUGUUUUGGUUUCUCUGUCUUUCCCUCUCUUUUUUUUUUUUCCCUCCUCUCUCUGUUCCGCCGGCUCCCAGCUGCCGCUCGGCCGGGCGAGGGGGGAGAUGCUGCCGUGGAAGAAAAACAAAUUCGACCUGAUCGAGGAGGAACCCAAGCAGCCGGCGAAGCCCAAGGGCUAUGCGGUGAGCCUCCACUACUCCGCCCUCACCUCGCUGGCCAAGGCGUGCCCGGAGAGCGCCCUGAACCGGGUGGGCAGCAUGUUCAAGUCGAAGCGGAAAAAAAUCCGCAUCACCAGCGAGGAUCCCACCUACACGGUCCUCUAUCUGGGCAACGCCACCACCAUCCAGUCCCGGGGAGAGGGAUGCACCGACUUGGCCGUCUGCAAGAUCUGGGCCAAGAGCGAGGCGGGCAAGCACGGCACCAAGAUGAAGCUGACCGUCAGCGCCCAGGGCAUCCGCAUGGUACACGCCGAGGACAAGGCCCUGAAGAGGCCCGGCCACCUGUACCUCCUGCAUCGGGUCACCUACUGCGUGGCCGACCCCCGGCUGCCCAAGGUCUUCGCCUGGAUCUACCGGCACGAGAUGAAGCACAAGGCCGUGAUGCUGCGCUGCCACGCCGUGCUGGUGUCCAAGCCGGAGAAGGCCCAGGCCAUGGCCCUGCUGCUCUACCAGACCUCGGCCAACGCGCUGGCCGAGUUCAAGAGGCUCAAGAGGCGCGACGAUGCCCGCCACCAGCAGCAGCAGCUGGUGGGCGACCAGACCAUCCCGCUGGUGCCCCUGCGCAAACUGAUGCUGCAUGGCCAGUGCUGCUACAAGCCCCCCGUGGAGCGCAGCCGCAGCGCCCCCAAACUGGGCUCCAUCACCGAGGACCUCCUCGGGGAGCAGCAGGAACAGCUGCUCCUGGACCAGGAGGACCAGGAGGACCUGGAGGACCACGAGGACCCCCGGGCCCUGCCCCCUCACCACCCUCCUCAGCGCGGCCUGGUCGUGGCCAUGCCCCUGGACCACGAGGACCACCAGGCCCUGCCUCCUCACCAUCCUCCUCCUCAGCGCGCCCUCGUCGUGGCCAUGCCCGUGGACCACGAGGACCGCCAGGCCCUGCAUCCUCAGUAUGCUCAGCAUCCUCCUCAGUGCGGCCUGGUCGUGGCCAUGCCCAUGGAGCACGAGGACCGCCAGGCCCUGCCUCCUCAGCAUCCUCAGCGCGGCCUGGUCGUGGCCAUGCCCCUGGACUACGGGGACCUCCUGGACACCCUGGAGGCGGGGGGUGACGACCUCCUGGGGGAUGGCCCCCCCGAGAUGAAGCAGGAACUGGCCCAGCUCAUCAGCGACCUGGGAGAGCUGAGCAUCGGCAACGACUUGCACAGCCUCCGAGCCGACCUGAGGGUCACCCGCCUGCUGUCCGGGGAGAGCACGGGCAGCGAGAGCUCAAUCGAGAGCGGAGGCCAGGACGGGGGAGGGGCUCCCACCCUCUGCGACGGGCUCCACCAGGCCGGCCACGACCCCGAGACGGGAUGAGCUGGGCCGCGACCCUCCUCUCUCCCUCCCCAGACUCAAGAAAACCCACUCACCCUGCCAAGCGCCCCUCUUCCCUCUUCCUCUGUCCCCCUGUUUG